AUGACCAGAGAGAGUGUAGAAAAGGCAAAGAGCAACACAGAUUCUGAGACCAGAGAUUUGGAGGACCAGCUUUUCGAGAAAGACAUGUCUGACAAGAUGUCUAGUUUCCUGCAUAUUGGAGACAUUUGUUCUCUGUACGCGGAAGGAUCGACAAAUGGAUUUAUUAGCACCUUGGGCCUGGUUGAUGAUCGUUGCGUUGUACAGCCAGAAGCCGGGGACCUUAAUAAUCCACCCAAGAAAUUCAGAGAUUGCCUCUUUAAGCUAUGUCCCAUGAAUCGCUACUCUGCCCAGAAGCAGUUCUGGAAAGCUGCCAAGCCAGGGGCCAACAGCACAACAGAUGCCGUAUUGCUCAACAAACUGCACGUGGUCCAACAUGACCCGUGUCGGGGUGGAGCAGGAUAUUGGAACAGCCUCUUCCGUUUCAAGCAUCUUGCUACAGGGCAUUACUUAGCAGCAGAGGUAGACCCUGACUUUGAGGAAGAAUGCCUGGAGUUUCAGCCCUCAGUGGACCCUGAUCAGGACGCCUCUCGAAGCAGGUUGCGAAAUGCCCAAGAAAAGAUGGUGUACUCCCUGGUCUCUGUGCCUGAAGGCAAUGACAUCUCCUCCAUUUUUGAACUAGACCCCACCACUCUCCGUGGAGGUGAUAGCCUUGUUCCAAGAAACUCCUAUGUCCGGCUCAGACACCUCUGCACUAAUACGUGGGUUCACAGCACAAAUAUCCCCAUCGACAAGGAGGAAGAAAAACCUGUGAUGCUGAAAAUCGGCACCUCCCCCGUGAAAGAGGAUAAGGAAGCAUUUGCCAUAGUUCCAGUUUCCCCUGCUGAGGUUCGGGACCUGGAUUUUGCCAAUGAUGCCAGCAAGGUGCUGGGCUCCAUAGCUGGGAAGCUGGAGAAGGGCACCAUCACCCAGAAUGAAAGAAGGUCUGUAACCAAGCUGCUGGAAGACUUGGUUUACUUUGUCACUGGUGGCACUAACUCUGGUCAAGAUGUACUUGAAGUGGUCUUCUCCAAGCCCAACAGAGAACGGCAGAAGCUGAUGAGAGAACAGAACAUUCUCAAGCAGAUCUUCAAGUUGUUACAAGCCCCAUUCACGGACUGUGGUGAUGGCCCCAUGCUGCGGCUGGAGGAGCUUGGGGACCAGCGGCAUGCCCCUUUCAGACAUAUCUGCCGGCUGUGCUACAGGGUCCUGAGACACUCCCAGCAAGACUACAGGAAAAACCAGGAGUACAUAGCCAAGCAGUUUGGCUUCAUGCAGAAGCAGAUUGGCUAUGAUGUGUUGGCCGAAGACACGAUCACUGCCCUACUUCACAAUAACCGAAAACUCCUGGAAAAACACAUCACCGCUGCUGAGAUCGACACGUUUGUCAGUCUGGUGCGAAAGAACAGGGAGCCCAGAUUCUUAGAUUAUCUCUCCGACCUCUGUGUGUCCAUGAACAAAUCGAUCCCAGUGACCCAGGAACUGAUAUGUAAAGCUGUGCUGAAUCCAACCAAUGCCGACAUCCUGAUUGAGACCAAGUUGGUUCUUUCUCGUUUUGAAUUUGAGGGUGUUUCUACUGGAGAGAAUGCUCUGGAGGCAGGAGAAGAUGAAGAAGAGGUGUGGCUCUUCUGGAGGGACAGCAGCAAGGAGAUUCGCAGCAAGAGCGUCAGGGAACUGGCGCAGGAUGCUAAAGAAGGACAAAAGGAAGACCGAGAUGUUCUCAGCUACUACAGGUGACAGGGAGUCCCGCCAGGCUCAGUUUGGGUGCCCUGAAAAGAAUUGAGGGAGAAUUUAUUGCUUGUUUGUCCGAUGGCUCCAAGGAA